GGGGGCCGGGGGGGGGGCAGGAAAUCGGGGCGCUGCGCCGCCCUCCCGGACGCGGAGCCGCAGCGCCCACGCGGGCGCCCCUCUGGAGCGGUUACCGCCCCGCUUUCAGGUUCGGGGCGCCCCGUCCUGCCUCCUGCCGGUCGCACGCACCCCCUGGCGCCCCGGGGCUCCCGCGGGCGCGCCCAGGCUUGACGGCAGGGGACGGCUACUGGAACUGUCUCUGGAGAAACCGCAUCAUCCUCGCUAAUCACCCGCUUCUGCCAGGGAAUAAAGGCCGGCGCGGGCACUCCCGGCCUGGACUCCAGCGGCCUUGCUGUGCCCCUCCAGGAUGGACACCGGGACGCUGCUGCUCUUCCUGCACAUCUGCGUGGGGCUCCCGCUGGCCCAGGGUGCCGCCCCCGCCCUACGCUUCGUGGCCCUGGGGGACUGGGGCGGGGUCCCCAAUGCCCCUUUCCACACGGCGCGGGAAAUGGCCAACGCCAAGGAGCUAGCCAGGACGGCGCAGACCCUGGGCACAGACUUCGUCCUGGCCCUGGGGGACAAUUUCUACUUCACAGGCGUGCAUGAUGUAGAUGACAAGAGGUUCCAGGAGACCUUUGAGGAUGUGUUCUCGGAUCCCGCGCUCCGGAACGUGCCUUGGUACGUGCUGGCUGGAAACCACGACCACCUGGGGAACGUCUCGGCUCAAAUCGCCUACACCAAAAUCUCCAAGCGCUGGCAUUUCCCCAGCCUCUACUACCGCCUGCGCGCCCGCGUGCCCCAGACCAACGUGACCGUGGCCAUCUUCAUGCUGGACACGGUGACCCUGUGCGGGAACUCCGACGACUUCCUGGGCCAGCAGCCCCAGCGGCCCCGCGACCCGGAACUGGCGCGCACGCAGCUGUCGUGGCUCAAGAAGCAGCUAGCCGAGGCCCGCGACGACUAUGUGCUGGUGGCCGGCCACUACCCCAUCUGGUCCAUCGCGGAGCACGGCCCCACCCACUGCCUGGUCAAACAGCUGCUGCCGCUGCUGGCCAAGUACAAGGUCACUGCCUACCUGUGCGGCCACGACCACAACCUGCAGUUCCUGCAGGAUGACAGCGGUGUGGGGUACAUCCUGAGCGGAGCGGGCAACUUCAUGGACCCAUCCAAGAAGCACCGGCGGAAGGUGCCCGAGGGUUUCCUGCGCUUCCACUACGGCGACGAGAACUCUCUGGGCGGCUUCGUGCACGUGGAGAUCAGCGCCAAGGAGCUGGCGGCCACCUACAUCGAGGCUUCUGGAAAAUCCCUCUUCAAGGCCAGGCUGCCCCGGCGCAGUCGCUCCUAGACAGCCGUCGGGGGUUGGGGGGAGGACCCUGCAGGACCCUUGCCUCGGGGCCUGAGCAGGCUGGCCUGGGCUGGAAGGGUCAGGCAGAGAUGGCCAGAUGCUAGGAUCCCAGGGCAGAUGUCCCAACUGCAGGUGUCCCAACUGCAGUCAUGCCCCAGGAGACCGGCUCCCAGAGUCGUGGGCUGGGGUGGGGCGGCCCAGGAAACUACCUUUGGCCCGGCCAAUCACUGUGUCUGUUGGUCCACCUGCCUGGCUCAAUAAAAGAACCCUUGCGAAGUUUACAGUGUCCUGGCCGGAGAGCGAGCAUAGCAGGGAGGCACUUGCUUUGCAUGCCAUUGGCCUGGGUUCGAUCCUGAGUGUCGCAGGGUGUGGCCCCCAAAUUAAA